AUGAAUAAUCUCUUAAUAGUACUGAUUCUUUUGGGUCUAUGCAUCAGCUUAAGCAACGGUUUCCGCAUGCUAGGAGGAAGCACAGUCACGUUAAGCAACCAGUUGGAACACAACAAACUCCUCAAGGUUCGUUGUAACAAUGAUGAGGGGGAGCAGAUUGUGAAAAUCGGCGAAGAAUACGAGUUCACUUUUGGUGAUAACUUUCUUGGAACGACCCUAUACUCGUGUAAAUUGGACCAAGGUCCUAAUUUCAAACAUCACCAAGAGUUUGUGGCGUAUGAUGCUACGUGGAGCAAAGCUCUUGAGGUUACAUGUAAGUGGAUUGCUAGAGAAGAUGGUAUCUACUUUUCUCUAGAUGGAAACUCUCCUCUGAGGAGAUAUGAAUGGGAUGGUCCUCACCUCUUCAUAAACUAG